CUCGGUAGCUUCACUCGGACGUUUUCUGACUUCCUGGUUCGGCAGAGUGGGGGCGUUUGUUCUGCCCGUUUCCAAACACAACAAAGACUCGAGUGGGGUGAGAUUUAGUGAGGUCGGUCCAGAGAUGAGCUUUAAAGCUUAAGUUUGUGUCUGAGCUGCGGUUGGAGUUUAAUCUGAUGCUAGGACGUUGAAGCGAGCGGCGGAAGGUCUUCAUUCAGUCCGCCCCGACGGUUCAACAUGUGGCUGCUUUUCGCCUUUUUAGCCGCUUUCACGAAGGCCGCCGUCCCCCCGGACACGACGGAGCAGGACUUCAUGUCUCUCACAGCGAUGCUGGAUGACUUUGAUGUGCUGCCUCUCUCCAGCCUGCAGACGCACUCCGUCCGCCGCCGUGACGUCCAGACUCAGACGCAUGUGGAGAAGCUGAUCAGCUUCAGCGCCCUGCAAAGGCAUUUCAGACUCUACUUGAGGACCAAUGAUGAGCUCUUCACCAGCGACUUCAGAGCCGUGGUCAUCAGCGAGGACGGCCAAGAGUCGACCUACCCGGUCAACAGGCACAACUACUUCACCGGACACGUCAUCGGGGAGGAGAACUCCCGUGUUCAGGCGCACAUCGAAGAUGACGAGUUCUCCGCUCACAUCCUGACUGAUGAGGCCGAGUACAAUGUCGAGCCUCUUUGGAGGUUCACAUCGGCGCCCUCUGGCAGUCGCCUCCUAAUCUAUCGCUCGGAAGACAUCCGCAACAUCAGCCGCCUGCAGCAGCCUUCGGUCUGCGGCUACGUGACCUCUGACCCCAGUGACCUGCUCCCUGACAGCGUGAGAGCAGCUGUGAUGGAGGAAAAGGAGGAAGAAGAGUCGGCGUUCAGAGUGAAGCGUCACGUGCACGACCACAAGAAGAACUCGUGUCCUCUGCUGCUGGUAGCCGACCAUCGCUUUUACAAACACAUGGGCCGCGACGAGGAGAGCACCACCCUCAACUACCUGAUUGAGCUGAUUGACCGUGUCGACGACAUCUACAGAAACACGUCAUGGGGCGAUGGGUUCAGCGGGUACGGCGUCCAGAUCGAUCAGAUCAUCAUCAAGAAGUAUCCGACUCCUGUGGAUCCCGGAAAAACUCAUUUCAACAUGAAGGGAAGUCCAGUGGAGGGCAGAGACGUUUGGGAUGUGAAGAAGCUGCUAGAGCAGUUCAGUGUGGACAUCGCGGGGAAAGCCUCCAACGUCUGCCUCGCUCAUCUCUUUACCUAUCAGGACUUUGACGAGGGCACUCUAGGGCUUGCCUAUGUCGCCCCGUCUAAAGCCGACAUUGCUGGAGGCCUCUGCUCCAAAGCUAGUCCUUCAACCUUGAAUGAGCAGGGAGUGAUCUACCUGAACACUGGCCUCACCAGCACCAAGAACUACGGCAAGACCAUCCUGACCAAGGAAGCGGACCUGGUGACAACCCAUGAACUCGGCCAUAACUUCGGCGCAGAGCACGACCCGGACAAACCGGAGUGUGCCCCCCGAGAGGACCAGGGUGGGAAGUAUGUCAUGUAUCCCAUCGCCGUGAGCGGAGACCACGUCAACAACAAGAUGUUCUCUGACUGCAGUAAGCGCUCCAUCGUGAAGCGUCUCAGGUUGAAGGCACCAUCCUGCUUUAAAGAGAGGAAGAUCAAUGUGUGCGGGAACUCCCGGGUGGAGCAGGGCGAGGAGUGCGACCCAGGACUGCUGCACAUCAAUUCAGACCUCUGCUGCACGCCCAACUGCAGGCUGAAGGCCGAUGCUCAGUGCAGUGACAGGAACAGCGCCUGCUGCAGGGAGUGCAGUUUCGAGGCCAAAGGAGCGGUCUGUCAGGAGCCCAUCGAUGCCACCUGUAAAGGACACUCAUACUGCACAGGAAACAGCAGCGAGUGUCCUCCUCCAGAAAAUGCUCCAGAUAAGACAGCGUGUUUGGACAGUGGCGAGUGUUUGAAUGGAGAGUGUAUCCCCUUCUGUCAAGCCGUCCUGAAGCUACAGCCCUGCGCCUGUAAUGAAACCAACGCUUCCUGUAAAGUCUGCUGUCGGAGCAGCGGCGGUGUCUGCACCCCCUAUCAGGACAUAUCAGGCGGUUUCCUUUUUCUCAGGAAGGGCAAACCCUGCACCGUGGGUUUCUGCGAUGGAGCGGGAAAAUGCAUGAAGCAGGUGCAGGACGUGGUGGAGCGUCUGUGGGACUUCAUCGAUAAGCUGGACAUCAACACGUUCUGGAAGUUUCUGGCUGAUAACAUCGUGGGCUCAGUGGUGGCGUUCUCGCUGCUGUUCUGGGUUCCUUUCAGCAUCCUGGUGCACUGUGUGGACCGGAAACUCGAUAGGCAGUACGAGCAGACCACCAAGUCACUCCUGUUCCCGAGCAAUGCCGAGCUCCUGAGCAGCCUGGAUUCGGCCUCCGUUCGGAUCUUCAAAUCUCCAACAUUCUCCUCCGGCCCCCUUCGCUUUCAUCCCAGUGGCCCCGAGCAGACUGGCGCCGACCCAGCCCAAAGCCCACCUCCUCUGGACAGCCCCCGCAUGGCCACCAUUCAAGAGGACCCCAGCUCAGACUCCCACCUGGAGGAGGCAUCCCUUGAGGAGGCGUUCGGACGUCCGGCAGGGGCAACCCGGCGCUCCUUUGAGGACCUGACAGAGAAGAUGAGCCGCAGUGAGAAGGCGAAGGUGUUCAGGCUGCAGAGGCAGCAUCAGAUCGACAGCAAGGAGACACAGUGCUGAGGCGGCGAGCGCCUCCACCUUCAUAGAAUAGAAUAGCUCUUUGCCAUUGUACAUGUACAACGAAAUCCCGGCUCCACCUUCAGCUGCAUCUUCGUCAGGAUCCGUUCCAGACUGCAGAGUGUCAUACUCUGUAAGACAAAAGCCUCAACAGCUGGCACUCAGACCACAGACGUAUACAAGAUGGACGUAGCCCCGAAAAUAUGUUUUAGAUACUGAUAUAAAAAACAUGGUAGCCUGCUGGCGCCUCUAUUGGAUGAUAGAGGAACUGCAGGGUCUGGGAUCAGUUGUUUCAAUGAAUCUAAAUUCUACGUACAACAGAAAGUAAACUCAAAAAGUAAAACAAAGAAAUCUUCAGAUAACAUGCUUUGAUUUAUAUCGUUAUUCACUAUCAGUGGACAGAAUGUCCUUAUUACAGUAUAAAAACACCGUAGUGCCUUAAACCUGCAGCAGUGACCAGCAGGGGGCGCCUCCUCAGUGUCUAAAAGAGACUCCUGCUCCCCUGACCGUUGACCUCAGUAAACGACCUCCUUACGCGUUCAUGUCUCGAUUUCACUUGGUAUUCAAUAAUGGUGUCAUUGGGGGCAGGGCUUCAGUAUAGGCAUCGGAGCUUUUGUAUCUGUUCAUUUUCCUUCCCGAUGUUUUGCACUUUAGUCUUUCACGCCAGUUCUUUGUGUUCCUCUAAAACAGGUGGGCAACUCCAGGCCUCGAGGGCUGGUGUCCUGCAGGUUUUAGAUGUGUCCUUGAGCCAACACAGCUGAUUCAACUGGCUAUAUUUACCUCCUCAACAUUUCCUGAAGUUCUCCAGAGACUUGGUAACGAACUAAUCAUGUGAUUCAGGUGUGUUGACCAAGGGUGAUAUCUAAAUCUUGCAGCACAUCGGCCCUCGAGGCCUGGAGAUGCCCUGCUCUAAAACAACCCGUCCUGUUCAGUGAAGCAACUCAGCAGCUCCGGGAAUCAAACCUGUCAGUGUUCGUGCCUUGCUCAACGUGCUGAGCCUCUGUAAAUAUAUGAACGUAAAAUAUUUUAUCCUCCUGCAAAGCCCUUUGGACUGUUUGUGUUUGGAGCCUCAUUUUAAUCGUUUAAAUUAAGCUGAUGUGUUUUUGUUUGUUUUGGGCUUUUUGUUUUGUUUUGUUUUUUAAAGCACUUCAUGCAUCUCAGAUUCAGGAUUGGAAAAAUUAGAGAUUAUGGUUUUCUGAAUAUUUUUUUCUACUGUUUUGUAAGGCAAAGUUUAAUGCUCACCUUCAAGAGUUUCACAAAGUCUACAAGACUUUUAGAAAGAAAAAAAACCUGGGGAAAAUAAUGUGGAAAUAAAACAAAACAUUUAAAAUGAAUAUUGUUCUAAUUUUCUAAAGAAAAGCAGGACCUUUGCUUGCAUAAAACAAACCAGGUUCAAACACCAAAGCUGAACUCCCCGUAAAUCCGUCAGCAGUGAGUUCCUCUCCUUCUCUGGUAUCCUGAUGCAAUAGAGCCAGUGUUUUUAAUUUCAUGUGCUCUUCUGUGCAGACGAUGCUCUGCUGUAUCUACAUGUUGUUUACUGUCACAUCACUGAAGUGGUGUCGGAUUUAAUAUAUCAUUUCAUGUUAGAAAAUUCUGCUUUUGGAUUAAAAAAUGAAGACAUUUCUAAGA